UCUCGCCUCGCGUUACCAAAAUUUAUGUACCUAAAAUAUUUCGAUUUCAGUUCAUUCUCAUGCUGGACCAGAAAAAAGGAAGCCAGAUCAGAUUGUUGUAUCGCAGAAACGCAACUAGUUAAAAGUUGUUCUUGUGCUAUAGCUGUCUAAAAGAUAUCUUUUGGCAAUGGGAGAUCACCUGGUAUUGUAUGUGGAUCGUCUUGUAACCCCACAGACUGUUGAAACGUUACAAACAGCUGCUUAUUCUGAGAGUUGUAACACGUUAAAAACUUCUGGAGAACCUUCGCAUGCUGUUGUUCCCUCUGUUCCAGCACCAUCAACGGAGAGUUGUAACACUAAUGAUGAUAAGGAAGAAAAUAUCGGUAGUUCUGAGGAGGAAAACCCGCUCAUUCAGAUGGUAGAAUGUAGGAUAUGCCAGGAGGAAGAUCACAUUAAAAACCUGGAGACUCCUUGUGCUUGUAGUGGCAGUCUGAAGUAUGCUCAUAGGGCAUGUGUCCAGCGCUGGUGCAAUGAGAAAGGAGAUAUAAUCUGUGAGAUCUGCCACGAGGCAUACAAGCAUAACUAUACAGCACUUCCACAACCUAAUCCAGAUGAAACAACAAUUGAUAUUAGUGGAGGUUGGACUGUCACUGGUACUCCAUUGGAUUUGCAUGAUCCACGGAUCCUUGCUAUGGCGGCAGCACAACGCCAUAUUCUUGAAGCUGAAUAUGAUGAGUAUGCUUCUACAAAUGCCAGUGGUGCUGCAUUUUGCCGCUCAGUCGCUCUAAUUCUAAUGGCUCUCUUGCUGUUGAGGCAUGCCUUGACCAUUUCUGAUGGUGAUGGAGAUGACGAUGCCUCUGCAUACUUUUCUCUCUUUCUACUACGUGCUGCUGGAUUUCUAUUGCCAUGCUACAUCAUGGCUUGGGCCAUAAGCAUUCUGCAGCGUCGGAGGCAAAGACAGGAGGCUGCAGCUUUGGCAGCAUCAGAAGUGGCAUUCAUACUCCAGUCGGGGCAGGGAAGGGGUGUGCAGUUUACCAUUGCUCCCGAGUCGCCUACAACUCCUCACCAAGAGCCAUCUCAAUGAUAAUUACCUCGCUUCACCCUUUGUUAAGAAUUAUAUGGAAGGGAUUUUGGCUUGAGGACAUUGGUAGAUAGUUCCUUUCAGUCACAGCGGGCUGACUGGAGGUCCCUCCUCGUCCCUUUAUACGUUCAAUCAGAGUUUCAGAUUUAUCUUUCAAGGUCUAACCGUUAAUAUGUUGUUUACAGCUAUAAUUGUGAAGUUUUAUAUGAAAUAACUCCUUGUGCGCAUAGAUAUUAACCCAUUGUGUUGAGAUUGAGACGGUGUGUUAUAAUAAUCAGCGAGAAAUACUGAUGUUUGAUGAGCCAA